AUAUGUGUGUGACUUGUAUAUUAGUCAAACUGCAAUCACAUCUUAAAGUUCAUUGUAGUUUCUAAUCUUAUGGUAACUGUUAAGUUGUGAUUUAAUUUUUUCCCUUUGUUUUUGGAGUGUUAACAGCUCUUGGUGCAUAUAAAAGAUCUGUAAACUUGCAAAGACUAAAGACUCAACCCCAAGGAGAUAUUCUUUAUAAAUAGUAUUGUUCACGCCAUGUCGUGGAGACGCUGUGUGCUUCGCUGCGAAAGAAAAAGUACUUUAUUUGGCCUCCCAAAAGAUGACACAGCAAGAAAUCUGUGGCUGAGUUUUAUUUACAACACUGUUCCAGAGCAGUACAACACAAAUAUUCGAGUUUGUGCUGCGCACUUCACCGAGGAUUGUUUUCUGAACCUGGGAGAGUACAAGGCCAACUGUGCACAAAGACUUUUACUCAAAAGUGGGGCAGUUCCAACUUUACAAGGACAGUCUGGCGCUUCUGACUCGCAGCCUAGGACAUCUCAGCAAGCCCUUGGUACAGAACAGUUAUCAACUUCAUCCAGAAGUCGUGACGUUUCAUGUCAAACGGACAGUAUAGAAACACUGCCUGCUGCGUCUCCAAAAACACGAUCUGUUGGCACACAACUGUCUUUGGGUACACUAAAGGACACGCAUGCAUGGAGUAAAGGAACCUGGGGUACGGUUACUUCUUUUGAUGUAGGUGCUGAAACUACUCCCAGUUUCCCCUUAAGAGCCCUGUCUUCAACUCCCAUCACAUUCCCACAACAGAAAAGGCCUCGUUUUGAGCUGAAUGAAGAGGAGGAAGACACAGACAUUUCUGAAAGCAUAGCUGAACCACAACACUCUGCGGUUACAGAGGAGUCCGGAUUAUGGGAACAGAGCGCAUACAAUGUGUCAAAAUACAUCGUUUUUGAAAGCUGCCUCCGAGAGCUAUUUGAAACAUGUCCACUUUGCAAAACAAAGUGUGAUGUUCAAUGUAGACGAAUGGGCAGCUAUGUGUCAUUCACCCAGCGUUGUCCAAAGUGCAGUUAUCACAGAAAGUGGGAGAGUCAGCCAGUCAUUGGAAGUACACCUGUUGGAAACCUACUGAUGUCUGCAGCCACUUACUUCUGUGGUGCAUCCUUCCUUCAAUUUGAAAAGAUUUGCAAGGCCAUGCAGCUUCAGAUCAUCCAAUAUGAGACAUUUAGGAGGCAUGCUGAGAACUACCUAGAGCCUGCUGUAAUACACAAGUGGAACUUGGAUCAGAAAAACCUUUUCAGGAAACUGCAAGAAGGGGGAAAGAUUGCAGUUGCUGGAGAAAUGAGGGCUGAUACACCGGGGUACUCGGCAAAAUACGGCAUCUACACUUUGAUGCACCCAGACAGCAACACUGUUCUUGACAUGCAGCUUGUUCAGAGCAACGAGGUAGGGGGUAGCUGCCACAUGGAGAAGGAGGGCUUGAAGCGUUGUCUAGAUCAUCUGGAGGCUAACAGUUUGGCAGUGGAAUACAUCAUAACGGAUCGUCAUCCACAGAUCCAGAAGUUUCUCAGAGAGUGCAACAUCGUACAGUUCUACGAUGUGUGGCACUUCGAAAAAGGUUUGUCUAAAAAGUUGAACAAACUGUCACAAAAAAAGGGGUACCAAAUACUGAAGAAGUGGUUGCGCAGCAUCAAGAAUCACGUAUACUGGAGUGCUAAGUCGUCUACUUCUGGUCCCGAGAAGGUGGCCAAAUGGACUUCCCUGCUCAACCACAUCCAAAAUAAACACAUCCAUGAGAACCCUGAAUUCCCGAAAUGUGCACAUCCAGAGAAAGUGUCCAGAGAUCCCAAAAAAUGGUUCCAACCAGGGUCAAUGCCUCUCUACAAAGUGGAAAAGAUCCUGAACAAUAAGCGAGUCCUAAAGGACGUGGAAAAGCUCAGUCACCAUUACAGGACAUCUUCACUAGAGGCCUUUCACAGGGUGAUCCUGCGUUUGGCCCACAAGAAUGUCAUUGUUUCCUUCAUUGGAAUGUUGUGCAGGUUGUACCUGGCAGCAAUGCACUACAAUGAGCAGGCAACGACAGCUUCAGGACAACCUAUGAACAAGGUUGCUUUUUCAAAGUCAAAGAAGGGUGCAUGCACUGCAAAGCCACUUGAAACAGCCCCUUCAUAUGACUGUGUAGCUGACUUGAUGAAGCUGGUCUUUAAAGAGGUGUUUGCAGACCCCGCACCAUUUGUAAAGGAGCUAAAACAAAUCCCCAUUCCUCCAUUCCUGUCCUCCCAGUUUGAAAGACCUUCAAAGGAGGAGGUUGUUGGCUGCCACAUCUCAUGCUUCAGUCAAGGGGCGGUCCAAAGCCUACAAGCUGUCCAUCCGGAUCAGGGAACUCCUGCCGAAUCCGAAGCACAACACCGGGGCGGGAGAACAACUCUGACAUUCUGUCCUAAAUAGCACCCGCUUACAGUACUGCCUUAAAGACGGAUGUGGACACUAGUAUAUUUUUGAGAAUGUGUACAUGCUUACUGUUAUAUGCCUUAUCCUUUGUUUUUUACGACAAAUAAAUCUUUUGAAGAAAA